AUGUGUAAAUAUUAUAGCGCGAAGAAGUACAAGGAGCUCCCAAAGCAGAUAAAGCAGAAAUAUAUUGAGGAUUUCCAAAAGGGGAAGCAAGAGUUUGAGGAAAAACUGGCUCAGUUCAGAAAAGACCACCCUGAUCUAGUUGAGGACUCCAAGAAAUCUGGUGUCCCCAAGAGGAGCCAAAUCAAAACCCAACAGAAGUUUGAGAGAAAUGUGAAAGAAAUGAGGUCUCCUCCAGAAACUGACGAAUUUUCCAAGAAGAUGAAAUUCCAUGGAGAGCCCAGGAAGCCCCCUAUGAAUGGAUACCACAAGUUUCACCAAGAUUCGUGGUCGAGUAGGGAGCUGCAACCUGUGCCCCUGAGGGAACGGAUGGUGGAGAUUGGCAGAUGCUGGCAGCGCAUCCCACAGGGCCUGAAGGAAUAUUAGAGCCAGGCUGAGGAGCUGCAGAAACAGUACAAGGUGGACCUGGAUCUCUGGCUCAAGAGUCUGUCUCUGGAGGAAUAGGCUGUGUACAAAGAGGCAACCUAUACUAAGCAUAAGAACAGGCCCACGACAGGAGGCCCAAACCCCAAGUUUAGACGAACCGAUCUGCA